AUCUGUGAUAGAGAAGACAAAAGUUGUUUUCAGACAUAGACUCUGAACAGUUUUCUUUUCUCUAGUAUUUAACUACACUGAUUUGUAAUUAAAUUAAGCUUAUUAUUACUGUUGUAAAACUUCAUAGAUGCAUGUAGAUGUAGAUUCUGAACAUCUUAUACUGUGUUAGGUCACAGAAACCAUUAUUGAUCAAACAUCUACCUAUUUCAGCGCCCCAUGUCGGCCAUUGUGUGAAUCAUUUUUUGUUAUUUUGUUACGAAGGUUCUGUGAGGCAUUUUUUCAUCAUUAGAAUUUUUAUACAUAAAAUAUAGUGGUUUUUGUGUAUCGGAAGUAAUAUAAAGCCACAAUUGUAUCUAAAACACCAACAUGACUUUUAUGUCCGUGGCUCAUUAUCUACAACUUGUGGAAAGGUAUUGGCGGUCUCAGGAUGGUGCUAAAGUAGCUAACUUCUUAUCACUUCGACACGAACAUGCAGGUUACGCCAAUUAUCACGUUGAAAGUCCUGAAGGGAUAGUGGAACGUUUUUUAACCGCCCCCAUCGACGAGUUGGUGAUUUUACAUUUAAAAUGUUUGUUUGCGAUCAGCCAGAAUAAUUACUUAAUGGCUUAUAAUAUCCAGAGUAAUCUUACGCAAAAUUUCACUAAAAUCCUGCAAUCGCAAAAAGAGGAGAAUUGGUCAUUGCCUAUUAUGUAUGUCUUGUGCUUAGAUUUGCGUCUUCUGGCACAAUUAGCUGAGAAUCAGAGAAGUGGAAUUAACGAAAAACCGGGUGAAAUUCUGGAGAAGGCUGCAGAAUGUUUGAUGGGUUGUUUCAGGGUGUGUGCUGCUGAUAAUAGGUCAGCAGAAGAAGAUACUAAAAGGAUAGGGAUGUUGGCUUUAGUAAAUCAAUUGUUUAAGGUUUAUUUUCGGAUAAAUAAGUUACAUUUGUGCAAACCUUUAAUCAGGGCAAUUGAAUCAUCACCUUUUAAAGAAAGUUUCUCACUGGGCCAACAGAUUACAUACCGGUAUUUUGUAGGACGAAAAGCUAUGUUUGACAGCGACUACAAAGUCGCAGAUGAGUAUUUAACAUAUGCUUUUGAAAAUUGUCAUAAACUGAGCAAGAAGAACAAAACGCUCAUAUUGAUAUACUUAGUUCCUGUGAAAAUGUUAUUGGGGUAUAUCCCAAGUAAGGAGGUUUUAGAAAAGUAUGACGUUAUCCAGUUAUGGGAUUUAGUACAAGCUGUAUGUCAGGGUAAUCUUAAAGUUUUUGAUGAGAUUAUGGAAAAACACGAAACUUUCUUUAUAAAGUGUGGGAUUUACUUAAUUGUUGAUAAAUUAAAAAUCAUAGCUUAUAGAAACUUAUUUAAAAAAGUCUAUUUGAUUUUAAAUACGCAUCAAAUACCAAUUGAAGCAUUACAGACUGCUUUAAUUUAUUUAGGACAGACUGAUGUUGAUUUAGAUGAAACAGAAUGUAUUGUUGCUAAUCUAAUUUAUGAAGGAAAAAUUAAAGGGUACAUUUCGCACCAGCAUAGGAAGGUUGUUGUUAGUAAACAAAACCCAUUUCCAGCACUUACAAGUCUAUCAUAACUAUUUUUUUAACACUUUUAUAAAGUGAAAAAGGAUAUAUUUGUAUAAUUUAUUGUUCAAUUCAACACCUGGAUUGCUCAUUGCAAGUUUUAAUCUUAAAAUAAAAAAAUUACAUGCAACUAUUUUGUACUUGGAUAUUAAAUAAAUUAUUUAAAAACA